CUGGCCAAUGGAACCAGAUCCUCCCUGCAGUGCGUAAGAGCGCCUUUCGGAUUUAACCAAGUCUUUGCUGUGCGCUUGGCUGCAGUCUUCAGCAGAACCCGACGACCUGAGACGAUUCCCACAAUGUCAGUGUAGUUUCCACGCCACUUUGGAGCCUCGACGCCUCGUUUUUGCUCGUUUUUGUUGUACACCUCGAACUAUCCCGAGCGUUUCCCCCUGAAGAAUGACUGGAGUAUUCGACCGGAGAAUCCCGAGUGUGAAGCCCGCCGAUUUUCAGACUUCUUUCCAGCUUUCCGCCAUGCAUCAUCCCUCCCAGGAAUCUCCUACUUUACCCGAGUCCACCGCUACGGAUUCCGGCUACUACAGUCCGGCCGCCGGAGUGUCUCACGGGUACUGCUCGCCUACUUCCACCUCGUACGGAAAACCGCUCAACGCUUACCAGUACCAGUACCCGACCGUGAACGCAUCCGCUGGGAAUUUUCCGACCAAAUCUUACACAGACUACAGCUCGUACACGACGCCAACCUACCAUCAAUAUGCUGGUGCUUAUAGCAGAGCUCAACCGAGUCCACAAGAAAAAGAGCUUGCUGAACCAGAGGUGAGGAUGGUGAACGGCAAGCCGAAAAAAGUGCGCAAACCUCGGACAAUCUACUCCAGUUUCCAGCUGGCCGCCCUGCAAAGGCGCUUCCAGAACACGCAGUAUUUGGCCUUGCCCGAGAGAGCCGAACUGGCUGCCUCUCUGGGUCUCACACAAACACAGGUGAAAAUCUGGUUCCAGAACAGGAGAUCCAAAAUGAAGAAGAUCAUGAAAAACGGCGAGCUCCCCCCGGAACACAGCCCCAGUUCCAGCGACCCCAUGGCCUGCAACUCCCCGCAGUCUCCGGCCGUUUGGGACCCCCACGGGCCUUCCAGGCCGCACAGCCUUCAGCCGCAAAACCUCAACACGUCGGCCUCUAACUUUUUGGAAAACACGGGGUCGUGGUACACAUCCCCGAGCGCCCACCUGCAGACCCCCAACUCGAUACCGCACUCGUUGGCACUUGGAGCGGGGACGUUAUACUGAAAAGACGAAAAAAAAAAAACACAUGUUCAUUUCUUUCUUCUUUUUUUUUUCUUUUCUAAAAAAAAAAAAAAAUCCAGAAAAAAAAACCUUCUAUGGAACUCGUGUUGACAUUUCAGGGGAAUAUGCAAUGUAUUUGACUGUCAUAGAAGAAAUGUGUAAAUGUGUGCAUGUAAUUUAUUGCAUUUUUUGGAAGACUAUUAAACGUUUAA